CCGAAGGCCACCGCCAGCCGCCCGCAGGCGUCUCAUCCGGGACAGAGGGGCGGCAUGGAGGCCGAGGACUUCCAGGAGGAGCUGACCUGCGCCAUCUGCCUGGACUAUUUCGAGGACCCGGUGUCCAUCGAGUGCGGCCACAACUUCUGCCGCGGCUGCCUGUGCCGCACUUGGGCGCCGGGAGGCAGCCCCGUCCGCUGCCCCGAGUGCCGGCGGCCGUCGGCGCCCGCCUCGAUGAGGCCCAACUGGGCCCUGGCCCGGCUGACCGAGAGGAUACGGCGCCGGCGCCUGGGCCCCGUGCCCGCGGGUCUGUGUGGCCGCCACUGGGAGCCGCUGCGGCUUUUCUGCGAGGACGAUCAGAGGCUCGUCUGCUUGGUGUGCAGGGAGUCGCAGGAGCACCAGGCCCACACCAUGGCCCCGGCCGACGAGGCCUUCAAGAGCUACCGGGAAAAACUUCUGAAGACUCAGUCUAGUCUGACAGCCAAGAUGAAGAAAGUCAUGCACUUUCAGGACAUGGAAGUGAAGAAUGCUGCAGAGUGGAAGGAGAAGAUGAAGAAUCAGCGCAUGCGAGUCAUCGCGGAGUUUGCAAAGCUGCACGUCCUCCUGACUGAAGAAGAGCAACUGUUUCUUCAGGGACUGAGGCAGGAAGAGGAAGAGACAAAGAAGAAACAGAGUGAGAACAUCUUCAGGCUCAAUCAAAUGAUCACUUCUUUGAAGACGCUCAUCCUCGAGGUGAAGGAGAAGAGCCAGGGCUCCACCCUGGAGCUGCUCCAGAAUCCAGCAGAGGUAUUGACCAGGUGUGAGAAUCAGGAUGUGAACUAUUCCUCUGAAGAUCUAACGGUGAAGACUGUGUGCCGGCUACCAAUGAUGAAGGAAAUGCUGAAGCGAUUCCAAGUGGCUGUGAGUCUGGCCGAGGACACCGCUCAUUCCAAACUUGUCUUCUCCCAGGAAGGGAGAUAUGUGAAAAACGGAGCGUCCGCCAGUUCUUGGCCACUGUUUUUUACAGCAUGGAGCUACGCUACCGGAUGGAGGAAUCCGCAGAGGACCACAGGCUUUGUGGAGAGAUUUCAGCAUUUGCCCUGUGUUUUGGGAAAAAAUGUUUUCACUUCAGGGAAGCAUUACUGGGAAGUCGAGAACCGAGGCAGCCUGGAGGUGGCUGCGGGAGUGUGUCGGGAGGACAUCAUGGGGAUCCCUGGAGGCUCAGCAAUGUGCCCCAAGGUGGGAAUCUGGGCUGUUUGUUGGAGUUCUGCUGGCUAUCGGCCCCUGACAGGCACCUCCGUGAGUCCUACCAAGCGAGAACCAGCUCUUCUGCGGGUGGGAGUUUUCCUAGAUCACGGGGCUCGGGAAGUCUCCUUCUACAAUGCUGUGGACGGAGAGUACCUGCACACGUUCUCCUGUUCUUCCAGCUCCCGUCUCCGGCCGUUUUUCUGGUUGAGUCCAUUGGCAUCUGUAGUCAUCCCCCCAGUGACUGGUGGGAAAUGAGGUGAUUCUCUUCGCCUUGUACCCCAGGCUGGGGACGCCCAUCGCUCGGCCCUCAUCUUUGACUUCAUGCGUUUCCAUCCUGAGUGGUUCAUUUAGAUUCCAGCUUCCUGUUCUGUUCAGCCCCCUGCAUGUCCUGUGUGUAGACAGAUGUGGAAGACCUGUGGGGUACCUUUCUGGUAGCCGCUCUGAGCACUUUUUCUCCCUCUCUUCUGCUUCUUCCUAAUGAACUGUUCGGGAUGUGCACCCCACGUGCUUCAGGAGAGGCAGGCCCAUGGGAGGGCAUCCUGGCCAGUGAGGUCGGGUGAGACAUCCUCCAGGGUGCUUCCGGGGAAAGUUCUUUAGCUUUUAGAAAGAGAUGUUUGGGAAGACACAGCUCCUCUUCUGACGUCAGCAGCUGUACUGGAGAGGGAGGAGCGUGGUAACCGUGGACCAGGAAGGAGAAACGUGGUCUUUGUUGGCUUAAUGAAGCAGUUGGAAUCUCCCUAACCCCAAAUUUCUUGUUAUAUGAGAUUGUUGCUCCUUAUUAUGUAAGGCAGUUUUAGUUGCGUUUUGGUCAUUUGCAGGCUGACGUGUCCUAACCAGUGCUGUUGGCACAUAGCAUGGACAUCCCACAGCGUAGGCUUAUCUCACUUUUUUGCCAGUAUUGGACAGAUUUAUAGACUCUCUUUCUGUUCAGUCAUGCACUUCCUUUUCUUUCCAGUAAGUACCAGUAUUUCUCCUCCUGGAAUGGAAAAUUGAGGCAGCUUGCCUCUACUGUGCCCGUGCUGUUACAUUUCACCCAACCACGUCUGUGCCUUCAAGUGUUCACUACGCUUUCCCUCUGUCAGAUUCGUAUACUGUGUGCACAAGGUUAUUAACAUCAUCUGGAAAAUGUUGGGAAAUACUUGUUAAGUGUUUGCACUGGGCCAGCCUCUUCAUGUAAUGCCCCCAUGUGACUUUUGCAGCAGAGAUGGAAAAUUAAAGUUGUUGCUAAUAACCA